UGUACGCAGCGGGAGGCACGUGCCGAGCCGCACGUGUCUGGGAGGGGGAAGGGGCGGGUCCUGCUGAGAGGCGGAGGUGGGCCGCCGGAACCCAGAUAGACUGAAGCGCUGCAGAGUUUAGGCUGAGCGGAUCAACACAGGUUCCUGUCUUUGGGCACCUCAGUAGCUGUUCUGUAGGCCCUGCUUCUGGACCUAUGGAUUCUCCACCUAGUAUUUAUUCGUAUUCCUCCUAUUCUCUUUCUCCCUCAUUUUCCACCUUCCCAGAGAACAGUGACUAUGGCUUCCCCUCUGAUAGUGAAAAGGAAGAAAAGAGGAGCUAUGGGCCCAGGCCAGACACUGUUGGGCAGAGGAAAGGUUCUCAAGCCAGCCCAGGUCCCAUCCGCUGCAGGCGUCGACCCAGAGUUUUCAGGAACCAACAUACAGCAUCUCACCUGGAACAGCCAGGGUUGGUUUUUCCAGUGGCAGGAUCUGGGAUGGAAAGAUCAAGAGAUUGUGAUUUGGAGACCAAUCUAAACAUCCAGGAUUGUACCACAGAGGGAGAUCUGCUCUUUGCUCAGAAGUGUAAAGAGCUCCAAGGAUUCAUUCGGCCCCUCACAGACCUACUGAAUGGGCUUAAGAUUGGUCGCUUUGAGAGAGGAUUGAGUAGUUUCCAGCAGAGUGUGGCAAUGGACAGGAUCCAGCGUAUUGUAGGUGUUUUGCAGAAGCCAGAGAUGGGGGAGCGUUAUCUAGGGACUCUGCUGCAAGUGGAAGGGAUGUUAAAGACUUGGUUUCCUCAUAUAGCUGCUCAAAAGUCAUCACUGGGUGGUAAUAGGCGUCAGGUGACCAAGGACUAGUUAUGAGUGAUACUUCACUGGGAGUUGGGGAGAAGGCACACAGAGGGCAUCUACAAGGAGGACUUUUGAUAGAUUCUUAAACCUGGUAUAGAAGUGAUCUCCUUUCUGUUCCUUCAAAUAAUAUGGUUUUGGGGCUUUAGCUCAGUGGCGUAAGUGCCUGCCUGGCAAGCACAAAGUUGUGAGUUUGAUCCCUGCUACCAAAAAAAAAGUUAUUUCAAAAGUUAUUCAAGUAGUGAGAUGAGUUGGAGGAGUCUUCAUCCUGUUUUCAAAGGUCCACAGCUACUAAUGUUGUGGAAAUAACAUUAAAAAUGAAGCAGCAGAGGUGGACAUAGUGCCACAUGCCUGUAAUCUCAGCAUUCUGGGAGGGUGAGGCAGGAGGACUGGAAAUUCAAGCCCAGUCUGGGCAAUUUAGGGUUUAAAAAAAAAUUCCUUUUUAAAAAUGGCCUGGGGAUGUAGCUUGGUGUGCAGGCCCAGGGUUCAAUUCCUAAAACCUUAAAACAAAAAACAAAAACCAAGAUCUGUUUUGUUUUUUUUUUUUUUUUUUUGGUACUAGGGAUUGAACUCAUGACCUGGCACUUGCCAGGCAGGCACUUACGCUGCUGAAAUAAAUCCCUGCCCCCCCCAAAAACCAGGAUCUUGUCUGCACAUUAAUUUAUACUUCAUAAAGAACUCAUUAUGGGGGGCUGGGGAUUUAGCUCAGCGGCAUAAGUGCCUGCCUUGUAAGCAGGCAGUCGUGAGUUCAAUCCCUGGUACCGAUAAAAAAACGAAAAAGACAAAAAAAAAAAAAAAAAAGAACUCAUUAUGGGAAGUUAGAAUUUAAAAUACAGAAAUUAAUCUGUAAUCCCAGCACUUGGAAAGCUGAGGCAGGAGGAUGGUGGUGAGUUCAAGGCCAGCCUGGAUUACAUACUAAGAGCCUGUCUCAAAAAAAAUAAAAAUAAAAUGUAAAAACUAUAAAACUUAAACUGGACAUGAUGGCACACCCCUGUAAUCCUAGCACACAAGAGACUAAGGCAGGAGGAUUCCAAGUACCAGGACAGACUGGGCUGCAUAGCGAAUUCAAGGCUAUCCUGAACUACAUGAUGAAACCCUGCAUCAAAGUUUGUUAAUGAAAUAAAAAGCUGUGGAAGUGAUAAUUCCAAUGAAAACUAUACUUUAAAGAUAUUAUAAAAGGAAGUGUUUUAUAAAUAGUGAGAACCUAUAGAAUUGUUUUAUUCUGUUCAUUUCUGAAUAUCUAGUAUCUAAUAAAGUUUAUAGGACAUAGCAGGUCCUCAACUAUUUGUUGAAUAAGUGAAAGUUUAACUGGAUUACUAAAACUUCUACUUAACCAUGACCUGACAAGAAAUUAUCUGUUACAAAAAAAAUAUAUAGACUGGUGUACCCAUUGUGGAAGUCAGUCUAGAGAUUCCUCAAAAAGCUGGGAUUGGAAGUCCCAUUUGACCCAGCUAUUCCACUUCUGGGAUACAUGUGCACCCAUGUUUAUAGCAGCACAAUUUGUAAUAGCCAGAUCUUGGAAACAACCUAAGUGUCCAUCAACUGACAAAUGGAUAAAAAAGUUGUGGUAUUUUUAUACAAUGGAGUACUACUCAGCUAUAAAGAAUAUUCACGGGGGCUGGAGAUUUAGCUCAGCAGCAUAAGCACCUGCCUUGUAAGCAGGCAGUCAUGAGUUCGAUCCCUGGUACUGAUAAAAACGAAAAAGACAAAAAAAAAAAAAAAGAAUAUUCACAUUGAGAUAUUUAUAAUAAAUGGAUGUAACUUGAGACCUUACUCAUAAGGGAAAUAAAUCAAACACAUGUAUAAAUACAACAUAGUCUCCCUAGUGUAAGAAAUGAUACCAGUAUAUAAGAUUUUAAUGUAAUCAUGAUGCCCCAUUACACUGCUUUGAAGCCUUAUAACGUUUUCAUACAUUAAUUGGAAUAGUUUUAUUGUUUUGUUAGAUUUUACUGUGUGUGAUGGUAUGAAUACCUAUUUUGAAGAAAAUAAGGCUUUUUUUUUUGUCUUUUUCAUUUUUAUCGGUCCCAGGGAUUGAACUCAUGACCGCCUGCUUGCAAGGCAGGUGCUUAUGCCGCUGAGCUAAAUCCCCAGCCCCGAAAACAAGGCAUUAUGACAGCCAUUGCUGUCUUAAUAUCAUCUUGCUUUGAAGUCCUACCAUGCUUUUGUUCUUCUAUUUCCAUUGGUUCUGUCUUAUUGGAUUUUAAUACGUGUGAUAGUAUAAACAGAUUUUUUUAUAGAAAAUGAGAUAUUAUAGUAGCCAUUGUUCAUUUUCUGUUAUUUGGUUCUGAAUGUCCUGUAAAACUUUCAUUCUCUUGAAUGGUUUUAUACUAUUUUGUUAUGUUUGAUAUUGUUGUAUAUGAAGGUAUGUUCAACUAGUUCAAAGAAAGAGACAUGAUGGUAGCUACUGUUAAUAUCCAGUUGUCUUGUGAAGUGCUGUGUUGCUUACAUGUUCUGUUCUGAUCUGCUUUGUUCUGUCCUCUCUUGUUCUCUUUAAAACAAAAUUAAAAAUAAAUAAAUAAAUAAUCUGUUGGACAAAACAAGAUAAG